UCCAGCAGAACAUCGCUGCUGGAAACACUUGUGGCCUGGCUUGGGCUGGACAGUCUUUGGCAGUGGGGCAGAGAGGGCCCCACUGGUUCCCGUGCUGGGCACCGCCAUGCCACGCAGCCAUAGCCCUGGAGCUGGAGCAGCUCGAGGGGAGCUGCUGCCAGCUGGCAGGGGAUGAGGAGCCCCAGGCCGCUCCGAUUUACACCCGGGACUGCGGCUGGGCAGGGACUCGGGGAGCAGAAGAUUGUCUGGCUCAGUGUGAUAAUGACUGCAAAGCUUACUGCUGUGAUGGGACUGCUCCCUACUGCUGCUCAUAUUAUGCCUACAUUGGGAAUGUCCUUUCAGGCACGGCGAUAGCUGGGAUUGUUUUCGGCAUAGUGUUCAUAAUGGGGGUGAUUGCUGGGAUUGCCAUCUGCAUCUGCAUGUGCAUGAAGAGCACCCGCGGGACCCGCGUGGGGGUCAUCCGAACGACGCACAUCAACGCCAUCAGCACGUACCCAGCGGCUCCGCCACCGUACAGCUAUGAAUACGAAAUGGAGUGCCCAGCUGACCUACCCCCGCCCUACACUCCCACCCCACAGGCUGCGAUGCAGUGUCUCCCGCCCCCCCCGUACCCCGGAUAUUCAGGGAAAUAA